UGUAUCAGUUAUAGCAUUGAAGUGCAGUGCACUGCGAAACAGAGAAAUUUCUUUUCAUUUCUAGCAUUGAAAGCUAUAAAAGAGAGAGUAAGAGUUCCAUGGCUGACAUCCCAAGGAAGAACUCUUGCAGAGUUUGCCUAAGCUUGGGAACAUGUAUACAUCAUCCCGCUGCACACACCAAACCACUUGCAGUGAGUAAAGUUGGAUUCUUUUUCAUGGUUUGAACGGGUGUUAUGAUUGAUCUAAAUCGUUUGAUUAUAGUCAUGUUCUUGGACUCUGGUAUAAAAGAAGUAGUUACCGAUAUUUAAAUAUCGGCUCCCAAAAAAUGGGGUCACGGGAUCGAAUCACAUAAAUCAUUUUUUUCUAUCUACCUGGUGUAUUCAAGCGUGGGGCAGGUUGUGGGAAAGCAAAAGCAUAAGAUGAAUGAUGAAGUGCAUCAAAUGGGAGUUAUUCCUAAACACGUAGAUGGGAGUAGCAGAGAAGGGUACAAAAACCAGGGAACUCAAGGAGCAAAGCAGGACAUAAGUGAGCCAGAGCAGUGCUUUCUUGGCUCUUCUGUACGCUAUGCUGGACCAGAUGAGUAUCUUGGCUGUGUCAAAGAAAGAAAAGAACCAAUAAAUAUGAAUAAAACUGGAGUAAAGAGGCUGGAAGAGACAGAAGACGCAUCUAGUCUUGAAUAUGCAACAAGGGGAGAUUGGUGGAAAGGUAAUGUGUACAAUGGUAAAGCUGGAUUAAGUAAUUGGAUAUGGAUCUGCCGUGGAAUAUGAUAUCUAUAUGUUUAUCUUUAGAAGGAAUCUCAGAAAAUCUUUUUCAAAUCAUCCACAAUCCAUUUCUUUUUAAGUUAGAUGGUAUCUUAACUUUAACCCACAGAGUGCUUGCUAUGGAAACAAUUAUGGUAUAUAUUAAUAUUAUGCGAAUGCUGAGGAUAAUGGCAUUGGUUAGGGUUUACCUUAUUGUCACCAAAGCAUUCAAAGGUAUUAAGCAAAUAUAGAUAAAUGGAAUGGAUUUAAGGGUUGAAAGUCUUCUGUUUGAUUGGACCGUUGUACUGAAUGUCUUUUUAUCUUUAGUUGUGGUAAAUAUUUGUUACAGAAAUGAAAAUAAUUGAAUAUAGGAUAUUUUAGAAUUU